UAUUAAAAUAAAUAAAUAUAUUUAUGUCAAGACAUUAAGGAGUUUAUAAUAUGAUCAGACAUGGCGAUUAUAUCGAUGAUGAAUAUGAUUAUGUUGAUGAUUAAUAAGAUAAUGAAGAUGAUGAAUAAUAUGCGGAUCAUAAUUUCACUAGAAGUAAUUUAAAUUAUUUAUUUUAAAGGCGAAUUGGAAAUCAUCAAUAAUCUUUAUGAUAUAUUUCAACUUGAUUUUACUCGUAAAUAAAUUAUUGAUGCAUUAUAUGAAACUGACGGAGAUCAUGAUGCAACAUUUGAAUACUUAAGUAAUAAAAUUAAAAAAACAUCAAAAUCAUAAUAAAAUUCAAAACCUUAACCUAAUAGGAAAUAAUAAUAAUAAAUAUAAUAAGUUAAAAUUGAAGACAAACCUUAACCAUUACCUUAAUUAAUAAAAUAAUCGAAUAGUAUUGAUAAAUCAAAGAAUUAAUUUCAUAUUGAAUACAAUGUUGAUGAAUUCAAUUCACCUUAUCCAAGUAUCAAAUAUAAAAAUGUUAUUCAAACCAUACCUUCUACAAGCAUUGUUAUUUUAGGUCAUGUUGAUACAGGUAAAAGUACAUUAACAGGGAAACUUCUUUAAAUAUUUAAAGCUCUAGAUGAAAAAGAAUUAAGAAAAAAUCAAAAAGAAGCUAAAAAUUUAGGAAAAGAUUCAUCUGCUCUUGCCUAUGCAACUGAUAUGACUAAAGAAGAAAAAGAAAAAGGUGUCACAAUGGAUAUGGCUUAUAAAUCUAUUGUCAUUGAUAAAAGACAAUAUAAUCUAUUAGAUUCUCCUGGACAUUAAGAUUUUGCACCUCAUUUAAUAGCAGGAGCAGCUUAAGCUGAUUAUGCCAUCUUAGUAAUAGAUACUACAAAAAAUGCAUUUGAAAAUAGUAUUAAAAGUGGUAUGUUAAGAGAAAAAUUGUAAUUAAUAAAUGCUAUGCUUAUUAAAUAAAUUAUAGUUGCUUUAAAUAAAAUGGAUCAAAUUGAUUGGGAUUAAAAAUAAUUUUAAGAGGCUAAAGAAUACAUUUAAUCUUCUGCUGCUAAAUUAGGCUAUAAUUAAUAAUAGAUUAAGUUUGUACCCAUUUCUGCAUUUCAAGGUUUAAAUUUACAAAAUAAACAUAAUAUCUAAUGGUAUUAAGGACUUACUUUGAUUUAAGAAAUUUUAAAUCUACCUCCUAUUUAAAGAAGAAAUGAUUAGGUAAUUUAAAUUAUUUAAUUUUAGCCAAUAAGAUUUACUAUAUUAAAUAGAUUUCAUUAAAAUGAAGGUAAAUUAAGAGGAACCUGUCUACUCGGUAAAUUACAUUCAGGUUAUUUGGAAAAGAAUAUAAAUUAUGUUAUUUUACCAUAAGGAAUCUUUUGUGAAGUUAAAGAAGUUGAAAAAUAAAGUGCUGAAGGAGAUAUAUUAGAAAUUAAAAUAAAAACUUUAAUUGAUUCAGAAUUUUAAAAUAUUCACAUUGGUUCAGUUUUGAGUUCAAUCGAAUAUCAUGUUCCUGUUGCAAAUAGAUUGGUAUGUUAAAUUAGUACACUUGAUCUACAAACUCCAAUUAUAAGAGGAUCAUAAUAUUUGAUGCAUUUAGGGGCCUAGAAGGUAAUAUUCAUUCUAUUUUAAGGUUGGCGUAGUUGUAAAGAAAUUAAAUCAUAUCUAUGAAGAUGAUACUUAAACAAUUAAAAAGAAAUUCCCUAGAGCUAUUGUUUCUAAUUAAUUAGCAGAAGUUGAAUUAGAGUGUGAUGGUUUAGUCUGUGUGGAAGUAUAUUCAAAUUUAGAACAAUUAAGCAGAAUUAUUUUGAGGGAGAAAUUUAAUAUUGUAGCCAUAGGGAAAGUUACUAUUAUUAAUGUAAAUUAAAAUAAGCUAAAAUAAGGAAAGAUUAUUCAUGAAUAGUAAAUUUGAUGUAUAUCAAUAUAAAUAAUAAUGGUG